GUUUCGAAACAAGAAGCCGACGGUCUUCCAGGCCCCCUAUAACUGACAAGUCUAGGAGCGUCAGAGCCCGCAGCGAAGCGGGUGUUAGUCGCAGCAAGUCUGUAGUGUUAGUGGACGAUCUCCGAAGUGAGGCGCCCGUCAGCCGAAAGUACGACGACCGCCGUAGCCAUGCCGGUUCCCGAGCGCCCAAGUCAUCACAAUCAGUCGUCCGCGGCCACCGACCUCCGUAUGACGAUGAGCGGACAUACUUUUCAGCUCGGUCACGCCCGUCUUCACGAGCUCCUCGUCGAUCCUCCCGCACUGAGGUGGAGGCCGACAUUAUGGAGGCACCAGAGGUCCCCGAGGUGCCUGACGCGCCUGAGAUUCCUCUGGAUCCCGAUGUCUACGAAGCCCCCGAUGUGCCAGACAGGAUGCCUAGGAGUCGGGCCAGGAGUCGGUACAACGUGCCCCGGAUGGCCACUGGACCUGACUACCCACAUAUGGGCUACCCAAGCAAGGCUCAGAGCUACGUAUCUGCCAGGAAUGUUUCGCUUCCCAUGAGCGGCAUCGGUAGCAGUCACGCUGAUUGGGAUGACGACAUGGUCAGUGUUGCCCCAAGUGACAGUAUCAGCUGUGUUGGGGUGAAGCCGAGCAGACGAAGCCGCAAGAUACGAUAAAGAAGAAUUACGAUUAUGAGAUGCAUUUAUACGA